UCGAGCUAGUUCUAGUAAUGGUCGGACGUGUAUGUUAAGUUACAGACUGUUCUGGAGGUGUAGGCUGAGGUGUAGGUCUGACUCACUAUUAGUUUGCUGAACUGUAAAAGGCCGUAGUGUUCCUUUUUUCGUUUCUUACCUCUGCCGCACAACCUAAACAACAAUGGGAAGGAAGAAAUCUGCUGGUGGCGAGGCGAGUGCAGAGCCACAGAGAAAGUCUCAAAGGUUGUCAUCGCAAAAAGAUGUGGAGCCAAAACCACAGCCAGAAAAGAAAAAGGCAGCACCUGCCAAAGCCAAAAAGCAAAAAGAGGUAGUCAAGGCCAAGCCAGAGGAGAAGAAAGAAGAGCCUGAGGCAGAAAAAGAAGAGGCUCCUGCAGAGAACGGAAAAGCUGAGGAGGAGCCGGCAGCAGCAGAUGAGGCAGAGGAAAAGGAAGGUGACGCAGAAGAGGAGGAAAAGGAAGCAGAGUAGUUUUGACACCCUGAAACUCACAUGCCAACGCUCCAUGUACCUCUUUUCUUGUACAAUGCAGAGAUUAUUUUUUAUCUACUAUUUUCAUAAGACAGCAAUGUUUUUAGGGACAUGAUUGCAGAAAUGCAUUUUAAAAAAUACUACAAAUUCCAUUUUUCAUGGCUUCUGUGAAGGGAAAGUUUCAUUGGGUUUUUUUUUUCCAUUGUACUUGUUUUUCUGUCUUUCUGGCUUCUUCUUUUUGCCUUCUUUUUUUAUUUUAUUUUUUAGGUUGUAGUUUUCUGCAUGACAUGCAGUCAUGCCUAUAUCAGGAAUUUGAUGUUCAGCUCCGGGAGAGUUUACCAAGACAUUCCCGAGACGUCUUGAGGUUAUUUGUAACCUGUACUGUUUUGGAAUUUAAUACAUCGUAAUACUGUGUGUUUGAUAGGGAAUAGGAUGAUUGGAAGUUUGAGAGUUGUGCUCUGUGCUAAAUAAAUCUUGUUCGUAACGUUCAUUUUAAGUACUGGAAUUGGUUGGGUUGAUUCUUUUUUUUUUUUUUCUUUUUUAUGCAGUCAUUGUUGGUAUGUUAAAGGAUGGUUAAAUUGAUCCAUAUAUUCAGCUGUGAACGAAAAUGCAUUACCGAGUUAAACAUACUUGUCAUGCUAUUUUAACCUCAGUCAACAAAAUGGAUUUGCCACAGAUUUGUGGAUAUUCAUUGUGAUUAUGGGGUUUAUCUACCAAUGUACAGUUUCCUUUUUUUUAAAAAAAAAAAAAAAAGGAAAAGAAAAAUGUUUUCUUUGUUACGAAUGGUAUAAAAUGCCAAUAAAAGUGGGAAUUUCUCAA